ACCCGACCGAAGUCUCUACUCUACUCUUCUCAACUCAUAGGCCCUCAUAUACUAGCCAUGGAAAGACGUCUUACAAGUUUCACAAAAUUUUUAUAACCUUUGAACCCGGAACCGCCGUUGUCCUGUGAUGCCAUUUGGGCUACGUUCACUACACUGUAUUAGCCUCUGACGGGCUUUGGAAGCGGCUGAAAAGAGAAGAAAUUGUCCAAAUAGAAAGGCAAUAAUCCAGGGGGAGUUGGUCUGCUGAGUCGACGCCGCAGAUUCGUUGUUCAACGUUCGCGCUCAACUGCUCAAUCUGCGGCUAAAACAUGGGUCCACGAAGUGCCAUGCUGUUUGUGCUGUUUCUCUGUGCCACGACAACACAUUUGUCAGUCGGAAUGAUCAUCUACAAGGAUGCUAUCACCGGCGACGAAAUGUUCAGCGAUAUCUACAAGGUCAAAACAUCGGAAGACGAGAUCUUCUACGAAGUUGAGGGCAAGGUGGUGACGAGAAAGGAAGGUUCAGUUGACGAUAGCUUGAUCGGCGGUGACGCUACCGCCCAGGAGGUUGCAGAGAGUAUCGACGAGUCAGCCGUGUCCGGGGUUAACAUCGUUCUUAAUCACAAUCUCCAAGAAACACAAUUUACCAAGCACGAGUACAUGGAAUAUAUGAAGGAAUACAUGAAAAAGGUCAAGGAGCAUCUAGAGGAGGAACAACCUGAAAGGGUGGAACCCUUCAUGGUUGCUGCAACACCCGCGGUCAAACACAUUGUGCAGAAUUUAGAAAACUGGCAGUUCUUCAUAGGCGAAACGGAGAAUAAGGAAGGCAUGGUGGCACUGUUGAACUAUAGGGAGGAUGGAAUCACUCCAUACAUGCUCUUUUUCAAGGACGGCCUGAGGGAAGAGAGGGCUUAAUUCAAUGAUGUAUAUAA